AUGAGGCCUAUGGUAUCCCUCAGCCAGGCAUUUCUAGCCUUAAGCCCUUUCCUUUUCACCUCCGCGGUCCAACUUCUUCCUCCCCCGCCCAUCCCUAUCAAUUCUACCUCUGCCUUUAUCCGUACUCCUGCUUCUUCCGCUCUGCAUUCCAAGAACAGACCUCCCGUUCUGGUCAUCGAUUCUUUUACCCAUCCAGAACGAAACGAACUUGGAUUCUGGCAUGGGCCCAGUACCAAUCUAGCAAGCGAGCCCGGUAAUGGCUAUGUGCGUCUCUUCCCUUCGGACCCAGAUCAGAAUUACCACACGGAGCUUGGGCCUGCGACGUGCUUCGAUAUGCGGCCUUAUCAGAAUAUGUACCUUCACAUAGUUUUUUCAGGAUCAACAAAGUUCAGUAUCUCGCUGAAUCAACAUAACGAGAAGUGUGAUUCUCGUCUCAGCCCUUUCCUCGAGACAUGGGACAGUGUUGAAACAGAGCGGUACGCGCGAGGAAACGAUGUUUAUGUGCCUCUGAAUCAUUUUGACAUCGACCAGUCUCGGACGGUGUCAGUCUCUUUCCAUGGGUUCUUCUCUCCGGAAACUGUGACGCUAUACAGGGUUGAAAUUGUCCCAGACCUUCCUUGGGGCUUUUACGUGCCCCCCAAGCUGGAAACUGGGAAACUGUUCCUCAGAUGCACGAGACCGAACUCCUUCGCCUUCGGUAUUGACGAUGGAUUGCCGCACCUAGUACAAGACGUCAUGAAUAUACUGGAAGAGGAGAAAAUCUUGGUAACCUUUUUCGUUGUUGGUGCUGGGCUCCGGGACAAGGAAGCCAACUUCUCGCAAGUGUACGAGGAAAUGCUGCGGAGAGGUCAUCAAGUAGCCCUACAUUCGGAUACGCACCAGCAGAUAGAAGCACUCGACACUAUUCAAGCUAUCGACGAGGAGAUUGUCCACAACAUUGAGACUUUCCAGAGACUCCUUGGGAUUCAUUCCCGUUACUUUCGCCCACCUUACGGCACUGUCGGCGCGAGGACCCGGCAGCGACUAGCGACCUAUGUUCAAGAUCCCAAUAUUAUAAAUUGGAGCGUCGAUGUUGAGGACUGGCUGUGGGCAGAGAGCAAAACACCGGAGCGACAACGUGACGCAUUUUUCCGAGACGUGGGCCGAGGAGGAAAUUUGGUCGUUAUGCAUUAUUUGAGUCCUACAACCGUCAAAUACUUUCGGGAGUUCAUCCGAUUCGUCAAGAGUAUCAACCUCAAUAUCAUGAGGGUGGACCAGUGUUUGGAGGAUCCUGACAGUCCCCCCAUUGAUGCUCUUCGAUUAAGCCAGCAGGGUCGCGCGCGGUACAGGGUUCAAUCGAAUAGAAAGUCUGAUAACAACCCAGGCAAAACGGGGUGA